GCAUGAGCACAAGUUUAUGUACAAAGUACAGCAGAGGUGGGACCAAGUCAUCGCUUUGCAAGUCACAAGGAGUCAAGUCAUAAGUUCUACACUUUGAGUUUUAGAGACAUUUUGAAUAUUACAAUAUAUACUGCAUUUUGGUCAGUUAAUACAAUUGAAAAUCCAUAGUGCAUUGAAGCUGAAUAUGAAAACUGGGUGAUCAAAAUGUGUGCAACGUCAAACCCAAGGACGAUUUAGUUUAUCGCAAUAAAACGAUCAAUCGUACAUUUUUCAGUUAUUCUAUGAAAAUACCAUGACACGACUUACUUUUUCUCACUUUAUUUGUAAAUUAAAGAGAAAAUGAGACAUUUUAUUAAAUAAUGAACAACCAGUUGGUUUCCUCUUUUGGAUAUUCAAAUGUUUUCUUCCCAGGUUUUACAUUGUGUAUAUAGCAGGAAACUUCAUUUUCUUGUCUCCAAACAUUUCUAGUGAAACAAAAAUCUAAAUGGAUCUCAGUUUGAACUUGGCAUUUCUCGAGUAUCAAAGCAUAAAGGCAUUCAUUUAUAAAACGAGGCACACAAGUUUGUCAAAAGGUGCAAUUUUAUCCAACUGUGGUAUCGCUGUCAGAAUACUGGGGCGGGGAGAGACAAUGUAAAAAUAUUACAUCAAAAAGAGGCCAAGAAACGGAAAAGACUACACGAACUAAAACCUGACUUUAACGUAGAGGAAGACCAGACAGCUCACGGCCGGCCCGCAGCUGCCCUGUCCCAUUAUCGUUAGGCUGAUGGACAUCCAGAAUUCAAACUCCUUCACAGGCCCAAUUUACACAGGCUGGCUCAUGUGACGCACGCCGGUCCUAACAGAACCACACCGACCGAGUUCAGUAUGAGCUACUGUCGAACAAAGAAAAUGGAGAAGAGGCAUUUUCUUUGGCCGUUGGCUGAACAGAACACGAACAACUGCAACAACAACGAUGGCAAAAAAGAUAAGAAAGAAGAACCCAAAAAUGAGAAGAAAGACGAGAAGAAGGAGGAACCGAAGAAAGAUGACAAGAAAGAUGCCAAGAAAGACGACAAAAAGGAUGAGAAAAAGGAAGAACCAGAAGAGGUGUGGAUCAUGGACCCUGCCACAGAUAUGUACUACUACUGGUUAUGGACCAUUUCCAUCCCGGUCUUCUACAAUCUGAUGCUGCUGGUGGCCAGGGCUUGCUUCAAUGAGCUGCAGAAUAACAACACGAUAUUGUGGAUAGUGUUGGACUACACCUCAGAUGUUCUCUACCUUAUUGACAUUUUUGUGAGGGCCAGAACAGGUUUCUUGGAGCAAGGUCUGCUUAUACAAGACGCCAAGGUUCUGAAGGAAAAGUACAUGAAAACACGUCAGUUUCAACUGGACGUCAUAUCCGUGAUUCCCACGGAUAUUGUAUUCAUCAAAAUUGGAAUCAACAAUCCCGAGUGGAGGUUCAACCGCCUUUUUAGGUCGGCCCGGCUCUUUGAAUUCUUUGACAGAACAGAGACUCGCACCAAUUUCCCAAAUAUCUUCCGUAUCGCUAAUCUCGUACUUUACAUCGUCAUCAUCAUCCACUGGAACGGUUGCAUCUAUUUUGCCAUCUCCAAGGUUCUCGGCUUUGGCUCCGACACGUGGGUUUACCCAGCAACAAAGAAUGCCGAAUUCCAACAACUUACCAGGCAGUACAUUUACUGCUUCUAUUGGUCCACACAGACCUUGACCACGAUCGGGGAGACACCACCCCCAGUCCGUGAUAUUGAGUACUUUUUUGUUGUGGCUGACUUCCUCACCGGAGUUUUGAUCUUUGCUACAAUUGUAGGCAAUGUCGGUGCCAUGAUAUCCAACAUGAAUGCCGCUCGAGUGGAGUUCCAGGCCAAGAUCGACUCCAUCAAGCAGUACAUGCAGUUCCGGAAGGUGACGAAAGACCUCGAGGCCCGAGUGGUCAAGUGGUUUGAUUAUUUGUGGACAGAGGAGAAAACCUGUGAUGAAAAGCAGGUGCUCAGGAAUCUACCGGAUAAGCUCAAGGCGGAGAUAGCCAUCAACGUUCAUCUGGAAACCUUGAGGAAAGUGCGAAUUUUUCAAGAUUGCGAGGCAGGUUUGCUUGUUGAGUUGGUCCUCAAACUUCAACCCCAGGUCUUCAGUCCCGGUGACUACAUCUGCAAAAAGGGGGACAUUGGGAGGGAAAUGUACAUAAUUAAGGAGGGAAAGUUAGCCGUGGUGGCAGAUGAUGGGGUCACUCAGUUUGUUGUCCUCAGUGAUGGAGCCUACUUUGGAGAAAUCAGUAUUUUGGGGAUCAAGGGAAGUAAGGCGGGGAAUCGAAGAACGGCCAACAUCCGAAGCGUGGGUUACUCCGACCUCUUUGCCCUAUCCAAGGAUGACCUGAUGGAGGCGCUCACAGAGUACCCUGACGCUAAGAAUGUACUGGAAGACAAGGGACGCGCCAUCUUGAUGAAAGACAACCUCAUUGACGAGUCCCUUGUCACAGCUACCGAUGCCAAAGACUUUGAAGCAAAAGUGAACGCCGUCGAAGCAAGCUUGGACGUCAUGAUGCUCAAACUGAAGAAGUUGACGGAACAUUACGAAUCAUCCCAGCGAAAGCUCAAGCAACGUCUCUGUAAUUUGACAAACCAGGUCCGAACCAUUAAAGUAGCUGAUGAGUAGGGUGUGCUAGGUGCUUCUUUCACGUAGCAGGUGCUCUUCAAACAGACUGUUGAUCUCACAAAUAGCUCAAGUUCAUUAUAAAGGGUGUACAUGCUUAUAAUGGAUCUCAUCUUCAUUAUACACUGUA